AUGGAGGGCAUCAGCGGCUGGGGUCUUCCCCCAGGGGUGGAAGGGGCGUCUGCCCAGGGCGGCUUCGUCAGCGGCGGUGGCGGCAGCGGCGGCGGCGGUGGCGAGGCUGGCACACCCGCCGGGAUGCAGGAUCUGCCUGACGAGCUCCUGGGCGCUGUGCUGGCGCUGGUGGGACGCGAGGAGGGGCGGGCGCUCCCAGCCGUCUCCCGCCGCUUCUGCCGCGUGUUUUGGAGCACGGCGCCGCUGUGGCGGCAGCUGCGCAUUGCCAUCGAUCACACCGUGGCUGGGCUGACUGAUGCGGAGCUGGCCUGCUGGUUUGAGGGCAGGCAGCGCCUGUUGCAGCGCGUGGCGGGCAUGGCGCAGCGGGUGGAGAUAGCCGGCGAGCCGGAGCCGGAUGUACACCGCAGCGGUGAUGGGCUGCCGGGAGAAGGGCAGUGGGCACGCGUCGGCUGGCGCGCAGCGGCGCUGCUGGCCGGCCUAGACCGCCCGGGCGCUGCGGUGGAGAGCGUGACAGUCAGGGUGUGGGGGCUGCGGCUGUCGUGGGCGGAGGCGGCCGCGCUGUGCCGCCUGCCCCGGCUGCAGCGGCUGUGGCUGGGCCCGUCGGACGAGUUUGACGAAGAGCUCUUUGAGGGGCGCUGCCAGCUGCCAGCCACCGCGGCGAGCGCGCUGGGCCAGCUGUCCGCCAUGCUGCAAGUGCUGUGCCUCAUCGUGGACUGCCUGCCCAGUACCGCGGUGCCGGCCAUCUGCCGCCUGGCUGGCCUGACGCAGCUGACGCUCGACAGCUCCGCCCCGCUGCCGAGCCUUCAGCGCCUGGAGGAUCUGCGGCAGCUGCAGAUGCUGCGCCUGCAGGAGCUGUACAGCAACCCCGAGGGCUUGCGCCCGCCAGAUCCAGGCCUGAUGCCCGCCCUGGUCACGCUUCAGAUGGUCGCCAGGCGCAUCCAGGUGCCCGAGCGAUCCGGCGGCGGCAUCGUGCGGGGCUGCAUCGAUCCCAAGGAGGACAGCGUCUGCGCCCUUGAGAUGUUCCAGUGCAUGUGCUGCGACAACCGCACCCUGCAGCUGCGCGGCGUGUGCAUGCAGCACAGCGCGUGCCUGCUGGCCAUUAUGGACGCGUGCGGGGUGGGGCAGGGCCAGCUGGAGCACCUGCAGCUGCAGCGGUGCCACGUGGCGGCGGAGGGGCUGAAGCCGCCGCCCGGCGUCUCGGCGGAGCGGCAGCAGCAGGCGCUGAGCCACCUCACCAUUCUGGAGGUGUCCGGCUGCUUCCCUGUGGAGGCGGAGGGCGGCAUGGAAGACUUCCUGCACCACCUGCUGCCCCAGCUGCCCGGCAUGCGCUCCCUCGCCUUUGAGAGAUGCGAGCUGGAUGGCAGCCCAGAGCUGGCCGAGGCGCUCGGCAGCAGCCCGCCCCUGCUCAGCCUGUCGCUCACCAGCUGCGGCCUGGACAGCCUCCCCGCCGGCCCAUACCUGGAAGGCCUGGAGGAGCUGCGCCUGGGUGCCAACCGGCUGGCGGAAGUGCCGCCGUGCCUGACAGCAUGCGCCACCAGCCUCACCAUCCUCGACCUGGGAGGCAAUGCUGAGCUGGCGGUGACGGAGGGGGCUGUGGAGGGCAUCCUGCUGCAGCUGCCUCGCCUGCACCAUCUGGGCCUCAACUGGUCUUCUCUGUCCAAUGACGAGGACGGCAGCGAGGCUUAG